GCUCUCGCGCAGUUGCGCGUCGUCGCCCGACGGGUGUGCAUUCAGGACGUGUCUAAUCGUGAGUUUCUUUUAUUUCUCUCGUACUUCGCGAUCGCUUUUAAACUGCAACGUCGAUCAUUCGUUCGGUUUCGCAUCGUUCACAGAGAACCGUCCUAUCAGUGUCGUAGAGAAGUUUAGAGGUUUGAUACAAGAUAGCGAACGAAAUCUGAUUACGCCGAUCGAUGAGCUUCUGUUACUCGUGCCGUAAAGAUUCUCGCAUAGGAUGGUCGCCGGUUAGUGCGAGGGGUAAUAUGAUAAGAUGAAAGAUAAACCGAUCGGCUCUACUCCCAGUCGAACGUAGUCCACAUGGAUGGAGGAAGUCGGAAGGGCUAAGAGUCAAUCUAGAAAAUACGUCGUCCUCGACUCGCUUCCACAACGAAUCGCGUUCAUCGACCCGGGAUUGGAUUCAUUUUCCCGUGGUUAAUCCAAGCGGAGAGCCGCGGGUGAUCGGUGCUGGGAGCAAGGAUGGCCAGGAGCACCUGCACUACGAACGCAUUCCGGCGAUGCACCGAUCGUACCGUCUAUGUUCAUCGCGAUGCCGUUGUCGCAGCUCAUAGUACGUCCGCUCGCAAGUCACGAUCGAUCGGAAUCGGGUACGGUAGGAACGACCACGGCAUUGCUAACUCUCACUACAUCGGCUACGCUGCCAAUUUCGAUCAGGAAGAGGGCACGGCCGAUUAGAAUCGCCCCCUUCGAUACAACUGCCGAGCAGCAGGUGAUUCACGAAUUGAAAAGACGAGUACAUCUGACAGGAUGGGCUCGUGCAGGGUUUACCUCACUCAGCUGCGAGCGAUGCUCGUGAGGAAUCUCCUGCUGAAGAAACGCGACAAGAGGAAGACUAUAGUGGAGGUUUUCCUACCCCUUUACAUGUUAGGUGUGUUAAUUGUGGUAAAGGUAUUAUCACCAAAUCCACAUUAUCCUGCAAUGACAACGCAGAGGCAGGAAGGUAUAUUCAAGAAGUUCAAUGGUAACAGGAACAACACGAUAGCCGUUGUGCCCAACUCGACAGAAACUCUGACCUUUUUAAAUUCAAUGAAUACCCUGUGGUUAUCAAUGUGGGAUUAUCCCGGCAAGCUUCCCUUGAAUUUUAUGGUGUUCGAUACGAAGGAUGAUCUACAAGCGGCGUAUUGGAGAGAUCCGUACAGCGUGCCCUUGGCGGUAAUCUUCGAAGAUUCUCAACCUAUAUCACAGCGUCUUCUAUACGAGAUAAGAACCAAUCCUUCAUACACAACUUCACCACCGCCGACUGAAUUGUAUUCCGCCCCAGUUACUUGCCGGAAAGAUACAAGCCACUGGAUGGGCUUAUUGUCGAUAGAGACUGGUGGAUCGUGUCCUGUGAAUAAUUAUUUGCACUCAGGUUUCCUAGCGUUGCAAUUGAUAAUGGAUAUCACGAAGAUAAGACUGGACACAGAAAAUACCGAUAUAACAAUACCUAAUAUUAAACUGGAAAUGUUCCCCAAAGAAGCUUUUACAGCAGACUGGAUGCUGGCCUUUAGAGUUGUUAUACCUCUCUUUAUGGUUCUGGCUAUUUCACAAUUCGUCACUUAUCUCCUGAUCCUGAUAGUUGGUGAGAAGGAGAAAAAGAUCAAGGAGGGAAUGAAGAUAAUGGGCCUACAAGAUUCAAUUUUCUGGUUGUCAUGGUUCAUUAUCUACGGCGUCUUUGUUUUGUUACUCUCCGCCGUUGGAGUAAUACUACUUUUUACGCUACAAAUGUUUCAGCACACACACUUUUUACCGAUAUUCCUUUUAGUAGUUCUCUACAGUUUCUCAAUAAUCAUGUUUGCUUUUAUGAUAACACCUUUGUUCGACAAGUCACGCACUGCUGGUGUACUUGGCAAUUUCGCAGUGACGAUACUGAGUUUAAUGUACUUUAUUCAAGUCUUUGUAAAAGAUUCCAGUUCAGUUCCGUUUUGGUUGGUCUCUCUCCUUAGUCCAACAGGCGUUGCUUUAGCGAUGGAUAAGGCCCUUGUUCUUGAUUUACAAGGAGAAGGAGUAAACUUUGACAAUCUUUGGUCAGGUCCUGGUAUACCUUUCGGAGGGAGUUUAAUCAUGAUGACUUUAGACAUACUAUUGUAUGGCUUUCUUGCCUACUAUUUUGACUCCGUUUUACCGAGCGAAUAUGGAACGAAGAGGAAUCCUUGGUUUUGUUUCACACCCGGGUUCUGGUGUCAGAGGAAAGCUCCACGAGUACCGUCAUCGAACGGCGAGUCGAAUUCUUUUAUUCCCGGUGAAGAAACUAAUCGUGAUAUCGAACCUGUAGUACGCGAGAUGAAAGGUCGCGAAGCCAUUAGGAUAGUCGAUCUUUACAAAUCGUAUCAUAAAUGUCGCAAGCCAGAGAUUAAAGCAGUGAACGGUAUCAACCUGACCAUUUACGAGGGCCAAAUCACCGCGAUACUCGGACAUAAUGGAGCUGGUAAAACUAGUCUUUUCAAUAUAUUAACUGGAUUGACUGCACCAACCGCCGGCACUGCCUUGAUCUUCGGCUACGACGUCAGGGAUUCCAACGACAUGCAAAUGAUCAGAAGCAUGACUGGUGUUUGUCCGCAACACGAUAUUCUUUUUGAUCUCUUGACACCCCGGGAACAUCUCGAGUUCUUCGCCGCUGUACGGGGCAUUCCAAGAGGGAUGGUAGAACAUGAGGUGAAAAAGACUUUAAAAGACAUCGACUUGACCGAGAAGGCAGACACUUUUGCUAAGUAUCUAAGCGGUGGACAAAAGAGAAAGUUGUCUGUAGGAAUAGCCAUUAUAGGUGAUCCGAAGAUUAUCAUUCUCGACGAGCCUACGGCAGGAGUGGAUCCGUACUCUAGGAGGCAGAUGUGGUCUUUCUUACAAUCCAGACGUCACGGAAAAGUGAUUUUACUAACGACACACUUUAUGGACGAGGCAGAUAUAUUAGCAGAUAGGAAAGCGGUUAUCAGUAAAGGAAAACUGAGAUGCUGUGGCAGUUCCCUGUUCUUAAAAAAUAAAUUCGGUAUCGGAUAUCACUUAACAUUGGUGCUUGAAGGGAACGCAAGGGAACAUGCUAUUACUAGAUUGGUAACGUGUCACGUUUCAAAGGCGGAAAAAGCGAGGCGCCAUGGACGCGAAUUGAGCUUCAUCUUACCUCACAACUCCGUAGAAAAUUUCGCACCGCUUUUCUCAGCUAUAGAGCACGAGAUAAAAACUCGUUCGAGUAGAUUGGGCAUUAGUAGUUACGGAGUGUCGAUGACUACUUUAGAAGAGGUGUUCCUUCACCUAGAAAAGGACGAAGGACUUGAAUACACCAUGGAUAAUUUGUCGAAAAAAAUGGUGCGCAGUCGUGCGUUGAGCAGGUCACUGUCGUUGCAGUCGAAGAGUACCUCUUAUCAGAGUUUGCAGAACGAAGGUGUUACCGUUCAAAGCGACGGCCAAGCAAAAGGUGCGGGAGAUCUACCGGAUGGCGUUCAUAACGACAGAAAUCCUCCUGUUCUCGGCCUCGGAUUAGACCCCAUAAAAAUCCGGCCUAAAUUCUUCCAAACCUUGUAUGCUAUGCUUCGCCUAAGGAUACUCAGACUCUUCAGGAACAUUCAAUUAUUGUAUUUCACUAUUGUCGCACCACUUUUUCUGGUAGUUCUUGGCCUCCACUUGUAUAGCAUACAAACAGUCGACAUGAAAGUGCAAUCUCUUAAGCUGAACACCGAUACAUACGGAAACGAGACCAAAAUUUUAUACACGAAUAGUACGGAUCACGAUAUCACAGAUUUAAUUGAUGGAAUAAGUCAAGAUGUAAGAUACAUUGAAGAUUAUUAUGGGAAGUUCUUAGAUGUAUUAAAAGUCGCACCGCACAUGGCCGCCUUCAAUAUAACUGAGUAUAGUCGACUGAAAAUCAAUUUGACUGUUGCCUAUAACGAUACCAUGCAACACUCCCUACCAAUCUUGCUAAACGUAUUGUCGAAUGCUUAUCACAGGUUGAUCACGGACAAACAUGAUCUGAGGCCGAUCGAAGUUAAGACUCAUCCUUUCCAACAAACUUCCCAACCGCAGGAGUUCAAUAUUGGAACAGGGACUUCGGCCAUGUUCAUUGGAAUGAAUUUUGUAUUGUUACCUAUAACUUUAGUUAUCGACAUGGUGUACGAUCGCGAAAUAAAAGCGAAGAAUCAGCUGCGUGUCAAUGGUCUGUCAUUUUCUAUGUACUUCCUCACGUAUUUUAUUGUACUCGUCGGCCUGUUGACGUUCAUCUGCUUAUGUAUUCUUGGCAUCAUAUUUCUCUUUGAUGUGCCUUCGCUUCAGGAAAUCCCAGCGCUGAUCACUCUCGGCGGUCUCAUAAUGCUUUACUGUCCGGCGUCUAUUUUAUUCUCGACAUGUUUAAGCUAUAUCUUCGAUAAAAUGGAUUCUGCCCAGAGCAUUUUGCCCAACCUUGCAACUUUCUUCGGAAUUAUACCGUUUAUACUAGUCACGAGUCUCGACAUGCUGAGUCGCAGCGGAACAGCAGCAUUUAUUUUGCACGUAAUCUUUUCUUUAUUAAACACAUUGUAUGUACCAUACGCCGCGGUGUAUUACGUCGGAAGGGUACAUUUAAUGUGUUCUAUCAACGCCGCUUGUCACCAUUUGACUAUGUCCGAUUAUUUAACCGCGGAAAUCAUCCUGAUGGCCUUCGGCGUGCUUCUACAUUGUCCUCUGUGGUUCUUUGUGCUCCUAUUGCUAGAUAUAAAAAAGAGUGGAGGCAACGUCAGCGAUGUAUUUAAACAUUUUCUGCGCAAUGGAGGUUCCAUUGGUGAGGAGAUAAUGGAAAAUUCUGACAUUGGGGAGCACGAAGAUGCAGAUGUUAAAGCUGAGAGGCAGAAAGUUUUUAAUCUUAUUACUUCAUCAUCCGUUCAAGAACCACCUGUAGUUCUAGUGCAGAAUUUAAGGAAAGAGUAUCGACCGCAGGAGUCGGUAUCGUGCAGUUGUUGUUCGAAACAAGACGAAGAAGCUAGUCAAAUACAACGAAAAGUUGCUGUAAGAAAUCUGUCAUUGGCGGUCGAGCCGGGAGAGGUGUUCGGUUUACUGGGUCACAAUGGUGCUGGCAAAACGACAACGAUGAAGAUCGUCAUAGCGGAAGAAGCGGCCACCCGAGGCAGAGUGCAAAUCGGUGGCCAUAAUAUUAAUUCCCAGAUGACCGAAGCUUUCAGGCAAAUGGGAUACUGUCCUCAACACGAUGCACAGUGGAAGAAUAUCACUGUUAGAGAGCACUUAGAGUGUUACGCCGCCAUUCGCGGCGUGCCGUGGGGAGAUAUCAACAGAAUCGUCGAUUUAUAUCUCAGCGGUCUAGAAAUUCAUGAACACGCUGAUAAACAGACCCAAGAGUGUUCAGGUGGAACUAGAAGGAAACUUAGUUUUGCUAUGGCGAUGAUAGGAGGUCCAAAAGUUGUUCUAAUGGAUGAACCAAGCACUGGGAUGGAUCCUAGGUCGAAGAGAUUUUUGUGGGAUACAAUACUCGCCAGUUUUCAAGGUGGAAGAGGAGCGAUUUUAACUACUCAUUCGAUGGAGGAAGCCGAUGCACUAUGUUCUCGAGUGGGUAUAAUGGUAAAAGGGGAAAUGAGAUGUAUCGGUUCUACGCAACACCUGAAGAAUCUGUACGGAGCGGGGUACACCCUCGAGAUGAAACUCUUGGGUGGUGAUUGUACUCCCACGACACCGUCCGGCGAUAGGAUUACAAGCUUGAAAGAGUUCGUUUCCGGCCUUUUUCCGGACGCAACUCUGGAAGAAAGUUUCGCCGACAGAUUAGUUUUUGCUGUCCCCCAACACGCAGUCACCUCGCUGGCCGAGUGUUUCACGCAGUUGGAAAAAGCCAAACUAGAAUUGGACAUCGAAGAGUACAGCUUCAGCCAAACCACUUUGGAGCAAGUUUUCCUCAAAUUUUCCCACUACGACGAAUCGAAACCGGGAGAAUGAUGACUCACAUAGACGAGUGUGUUUAUUUUCUCGUGUCGCAUAGUGAAAUACUUAUGGGAUCUGCUCAACUGGUGGGAAAUGUGUAAAAAUAAGUCGGGAGCAGUGAUUUGUUUUUAGUGUUGCCGCGUGAAUACUAUCAAGAAUCACGAAGACAAAAUCCAUCUCCGCGUUUAAAAAUAAUGAGAACCUGUAACACUCUCGGGGAAGGACGUGUCGCCUCCUUGACGCAGACUUCGAUACGUUCAUGUAUUGGUCCUCGGCGAGUCCUGACUGUGAGUGAAUGAAUGAAACUGUAUUUUUGCGGUAUACAUCGUUCGACCUAAUCGCAAUGGGAAAUAAUUAGAUAUUUUUGUUUGUGCCGAUGUUUCGUGCUGUUAUGUUCGUCAGAAAUAACGGUGACUUCCUAGGUAUGAUAGCAGUCGGAUAAAUGAACAGUUACGUGUAAAAUUAAUUGAGAUGUAAAUAGUGGAAUACUACGAACAAUUUGUUCGACUGUCAACCAAGAAGAGGCAGUAAUAAUACUAUUUAAACAGUAAUAUUCAUAAUUUUGAAAUUGUAAUUUAGUCUACUAUUCGAUCCUACGAAUAUUACGAAAUAGGUUUCGCAAUUAAUAUUGCUGUGGAAUUGGAACGUUAUUAUUCUCAUUACACUGUUAAAAUCAUCAUUGACAAAGGCAAGGACGAGGGUGCCAGAAAUCCAUAUUAAAUUCUUUUUCGACACACUGAACUUGAUAAAUCACCUAUGUACAUUUAUAAACGUAGGAAACAUAAUCUCUAUACAAAUCUAUUCGUUUUAGCAAUAUUUACGAUUGCUCGUGAUUAUUUCCGUCUCACCGUUCAAAAGGGGUGCUGCUACGUCGAGACGAUCUACGUAACAUACAAUUGGACAACAUAAUUUGUGCAUAUAACGUAGUGCGUAAUACGUAUUCAUUAUCAAUUUCUCCAGUUCGCUUAUGGUCCUUAUCGAGGUCUUUUCAAUAAAGAGAAAGACAGUCAGUAGCAUAUAAGGCGAGUCGAAAUAUGUCUAUGGCAAUCGGAGCAUGAUAGAACAUAACUCUUUAGUGAAAACCUAGUCAAAAAUGAAAAUUAUUCCGCAGAAAAAUUUUUAAUACUCAAUCAGUAAUUUAGCAAUUCGUAUCACGUGAAGAUUAUACGAUAGAUUAAAUUUUUGUUAAUGUCCAUUUUAUUUGAUGUCGCUUUAUUUUUACUGCAAAUGAAAGAUGUAAAAAUAAGAAUGGAAACUGGAACAAGAACAACGUUAAUGCAAACAAUAAUUUUUUAUUAAAUUAUUGGAAUCUCAACAAGUUUCACUUGUCAAAGUGGAUUUAAUAAUAGAAUUAAUAUGUCUAAGUAUCCCCUUUUGUAAAGACUUCACGCAUAAUCUAGGAAAUUCUGCUGUUACACGCUUGUAACAAAAGAGUUGAACAUUAGGAGAAGAUACACAAGUUCUGAAGAUUUUUCAUUCGAAAAUAAUGUUUCUUUUUAGAUAUCCAUGUGCGUAUGUUUGGUCUGACGUGAUUGAGAAAUUCCGAAAAAUCGGACGGAUGAGACAGCACAGUUUGAAGGACUAAACAAAACAUUUUGUAGAUCACGUAGUGCUUAGAUAGUCGAAAACUAGGAGUUUCAUUGUACGGCGCUAUUGAUUUUUGUAAAUAAAUCUCGUUGUAUGAAGGAUAACGGAUAAUGUAAAAUGAAGACGAGAAAAGAGAAAAUGAUCCAUGCGCCGCUGAGCAUACGCGCCUCUACUUAGGGAUUGUGUACGCACAACACACAUUCUAGCUGAUAUCACAUUAACAUAAAAUUUAGUCAAUUAUGGAAUUACAUAAACGAGGGAAAAUCUGCAGACAAUUUUAUGAAAAUUGUAUAAAGUACGUACACGUUUUCCAUGUAUCAGUACUUAUAAUAUCUUUUGACGAAACUGUUAUGAUUUUAUGUAUAUUACGAUUAAUAUAAAAUAUUAUCGGGAAUAUUAUAAACAUUCCUGUCGAGAUACUGUUUACCGUAUUAAGAAUACCAGAUUCUUUUUCUUUUUUAUUGUCUGUAGAUGUAAUAUUUACAUAUCUUCUCUGCUCAUAUUAAUCGCCAUUUUUUGGCUUUUCCUGUUAUACGGCUCGUUCAUACUUGUCGAGUUUUUCACAUCGAUCGCCAUGUAUGUGUGUAUAUAUAUACACACAAGUAAAUAUGAAAAAACAAAAACUAUACAUAUAUAUUAUAUAUUAAUACAUAUAUACAUGGAUUUACAUUUAUGUAAGUAACGUGACCACUGUUUCGUAGAUUUUCUCAAAGUUUAUUAGACUUAAUCCCUUCAGUAUACAAAUUUGCAAAUUAUUCGAUAUACCAUUGUUUAGAGAAAGAGAUGAAAAGUCUCACCUACAUUUGAACAAAUUACGAUCGAUUUUUCAUAAUUAUUCAAAUUUCUAAUAUUGAAACUUGAAACAUUUUUGUUGAAAUGACGAAAUCAAAUAGAAUCAAAAAAGAGCCAACGUAAAAGGUAAGCAUAAUUACGGCACCCUUAACUGCAAACGCUUGUAAUUUGUUUGUAUAAUAUUGUUUCUUUCAAUGUACGUUAAUAAGUUAUUCUUGAUUCAUGAUAAAUAUAUUUGCGGAGGAACGUUCACUGAACACUUUUUAUUUAUAAGAGUGACCUUAAAGGAAAAACAGUCGAACGGAGACUUAUAAAUUGAAUGUAAAGUCGAUUAUUAUUAGAAUACAUAAUUUAUCAGGAGUAAUAUAGGUACAUAUAUUCGUAUCUAGGUAUGAUCUUUCGUUUUGUAUAUCAAUGACCUCGUUUCAACGAGAAGAACGAACGAAUAGGAAGAAACAGACACAAGACACGGCACAAGUCACACGGCGACACGUACCGAUACACGAAAAUCACGUCACGACACAUCGCACGCACGAAUUAAUGCACCUGUGCACUCCAGUUCGCGACCGGUCAUCGGAUAAGGAUUUUAAGAAUUUUUGCGCGUUUAAUAAAACCCGCAACACACAUUCAAAGACAUUAAGAGAGAAAGAGACUCAUAUACGUACGGUUAUUAAAGAAACAAAAAAAAAAAAUGCGAUUAUCAUCAAUAAAAAGAAAAGAAAGAGAUGCAACACGUCGAAUACACCCUGUCGAUGAACGGUUGACUUUGCGGAAGGCUACGUACAUAUUUGUUAUGUAAAGUGGAUGUGUAAUCGAUUGGUUAAAACGAAAGCUUUUUCACCAAUAAAAAGAAAUCAGUUAAACAUUUA